CCCACCGGCUCCGCGCCGCCGCCGCCCCGCCGCCCCGCCGCUCCCUCGGCCCGCGGGCCGCCCGGGCUCGAGCGCGCCCCGGCCGCCCGUGGAUGGGGGGCGCCGCGCGCCCUGCCCGCUUCUCGGCGUGACGCGGGCCCGUGCCCCGCGCCACCAUGUCCUACCCGCAGGGCUACCUGUACCAGGCGCCCGGCUCGCUGGCGCUCUACUCGUGCCCCGCGUACGGCGCGUCGGCGCUGGCGGCCCCGCGCAGCGAGGAGCUGGCGCGCUCGGCGUCGGGCUCGGCCUUCAGCCCUUACCCCGGCUCGGCGGCCUUCACGGCGCAGGCGGCCACCGGCUUCGGCGGCCCGCUGCAGUACUCGGCUGACGCCGCCGCGGCCGCCGCCGGCUUCCCGUCCUACAUGGGCGCGCCUUACGACGCGCACACGACCGGCAUGACCGGAGCCAUCAGCUACCACCCGUACGGCAGCGCGGCCUACCCGUACCAGCUCAACGACCCGGCGUACCGCAAGAACGCCACGCGGGACGCCACGGCCACGCUGAAGGCCUGGCUGCAGGAGCACCGCAAGAACCCCUACCCUACCAAGGGCGAGAAGAUCAUGCUGGCCAUCAUCACUAAGAUGACCCUCACGCAGGUCUCCACCUGGUUCGCCAACGCGCGCCGCCGCCUCAAGAAGGAGAACAAAAUGACGUGGGCCCCGAGGAACAAAAGUGAGGAUGAGGAUGAAGACGAGGGCGACGCGGCGGCGAGGGGCAAGGAGGAGAGUCCGGACAAGGCGCAGGAGGAGACCUCCGCGGAGGACGAAGGGAUCAGCCUGCAUGUCGACUCGCUUACGGAUCACUCGUGCUCGGCUGAGUCAGACGGGGAGAAGCUGCCGUGCCGCGCCAGGGAUCCCCUGUGCGAGUCGGGCUCGGAGUGCAAGGACAAGUACGACGAACUGGAGGACGACGAGGACGAGGAGGGCGAGCGGGACCUGGCGCCGCCCAAGCCGGUGACCUCGUCGCCGCUGACCGGCGUGGAGGCGCCGCUGCUGAGCCCCCCGCCCGAGCCCGCGCCCCGCGGUGGCGGCGGCGGCAAGGCGCCCCUGGGCAGCCGGACGUCGCCGGGCGCGCCGCCGCCGGCCAGCAAGCCCAAGCUGUGGUCGCUCGCCGAGAUCGCCACGUCGGACCUCAAGCAGCCGAGCCUGGGCCCGAGCUGCGGGCCGCCGGGGCUGCCGGCGGCCGCGGCGCCCGCCUCGUCCGGGGCGCCGCCAGGAGGCUCACCCUACCCGGCGUCGCCACUGCUCGGCCGCCACCUCUACUACACGUCGCCCUUCUACGGCAACUAUACAAACUACGGGAACUUGAAUGCGGCGCUGCAGGGCCAGAGCCUCCUGCGGUACAACUCGGCGGCCACAGGCCCCGGAGAGGCCCUGCACGCGGCGUCCAAAGCCGGGAGCGACGCGGGUAAGACCGGCGCGCACCCGCUGGAGCCCCACUACCGACCCGCGGGCGGCGGCUACGAGCCCAAGAAAGAUGCCAGCGAGGGGCACGCGGUCGGCGGGGGCAUCCAGCCCUACCUAUAGAGGGGCAGAGCCAGUCACGCAAGUAGGUGUCACAAUUGCUUUGAAAAAAAGUCGGCAGGCCUUCCUCUCUCCCCAAGCUCAUAAAUAUACAGAGAUGUGUCUAUCUAUCUAUGGAGAUAUAUAAAACGAUCUAAACCCGGACCGUGUUGUGUGCCACUGGGAGAAGGAGGACUCCGCAGAGCACUGUCACUUCACACUCCGAUGAGUAGAACAGACUUUAGUUGGACAUAUGUGAAUUUGUUGGCACUAGUAUAGCUUCCCCGAUGUAUGUGUGACUUUUGAAAACAAUCUGUUUUUUUUUUCCUCAGGAUAUCUUGAAUUGAUCACUUCAUUGCCACGGUAUAUAUUCUAUAGGUGUGAUAGGACUUACUUGUACAAUUUAUUUGUAAAAGAUGUACACAGUAGAAAUAAUAAAACGUGAUUGAAGGACUUGAGUACUUAAGAAGUGGAAACAAAUUUGAUAUUUAUUUUUAUAAUGAUAUAAAGCUUCUAGUAAUUUAUGCAAGUUGUAUUGCAAUGGAAUCUAAACUUUUUGUAAAUAAAUUCUGCCUGGUUUUUAUUUGAACAUUGCUGGUUACACAGUCUCUGUUGAUUGUUUAACAAGAGUUCUUUACUAAUUUAUAUCUUAAAUUGUAAAUAAAAACAGACUAGUCUACAACAGCAUGGCAUUUGGGGCUCAUUGUUCGUAGAAGACUGAUUCCAGUAAGGAGUGGCCCCCUUCCCAUUGUGAGCUGACCUCAGGCCUUUUUAUGAAAAUGUGUGAAAUAAUCUCUCCUUUCUUAUUCUCAGAAAAAAGGCAGAUGGAAAAGAUGCACAGCAGGGAGAUCAAUAGGGUUCUAGAUUAUUUAUAUGCAAUGUAUUGCAAAUAAGUUAAGCUUUUGUGCUCUAAAUAUGUACAUUACUUUUUAGUGUAAAGAAAAACCUUGGCAAAAUAAAAUGAUCCCACCCCUUUAUGCAUUGGAGUCGGAUCAAUUUCAUAUUUAUUUUUGAUGAUCAAUUUUAUAUUCAUUUUUGAUGCUGGCUUAUUAAACCCCACCAGUAAACUGAACUGGAAAAUUGUGAUAACACCCCACCUAUAAAUUCCUGAUGGACGUAAUUGUGUGGUUUUUAAAGCCCGAAUUACCCAAAUUGACAUUGAUUAUUAAAAUUUAUUGAACGCUUCUUUAACUCUCCUCUUCAUAUAACUCACAUUAAACACAAGGGGAAAAUCUGG